AUGGGUGGUGGAAUGUCUCGGAUUGUAUCUGGCAUCUAUAUUGGUGGAGUCACCAGUGCACAGGCAAAAUCUCAACUUGAAGAUCACGGAAUCACACACGUAUGCAGUAUUCUCCAUUAUGAUUUCAAGUGUCCUUCCAGGAAGCAAAAAUUCUUCCGUGCAGAUGAUGACGCUAAGCAGGAUAUUACCAAGUUCUUUAAAGAUGCGUGCUUUUUCAUUCACGAAGCCAGGGUUUCUGGUGGUGCAGUUCUGGUUCACUGUGCUUGUGGUGUAUCCCGUAGUGUUACGUUAACUUUGGCUUAUCUGAUGACCAUUACAAGUAUGUCCCUACCAAACCUCGUCCGAGCUGUUGUUGCCGCUAGACCGUGUGCCUGCCCAAAUAGUGGAUUUUUGGAACAGUUAAGAGAGUAUGGGAAAUCUGGUGCUGCAGCAAAAGUCAGGCGAGAACUCAUUGCUCAUUUUGGUGAAUGGCCCAAAGAAAAAUUAGAUGCUGAUAUUGCUGAAUUGACAGAACUCCUGUUGAAACCGGAAAGUACUACGUGUAUUGGUGCUACUGGCGGAAUAGUGUUACCGGACGAUAGUCCAGGUGAUGAAAAUAAUGAUCGAAAAGAAUCUGAUAACAGCUCUCUGGCUCAUCGGAACUCACAGAUAAGCAACAGAAAACCAGAGAGUUUUACAGUCUACUCAGACAAACCAUUAUAUAUGCAAAAAAUACUCGCCGAAUGUGAGGAUAUCAUACCGGCAACAUCAUCACCGAAGGUGUACGACUGA